AUGAAUAAUUAUCCAUUACAGAAGCAAAUUAAACAACAAAGAUCAUAUAUAAAUCAUAUGAUUAUUUGGUAUUGUAAUCGUGGUUUAUAUGUUCGUUCAUUGGAAAGUACAACUGGAUUUAUUUGUUUAUGUCCAAUUUAUUAUUAUGGUGAUCGAUGUCAAUAUCAACGUAAACGAAUAACUUUUAUAUUUCGUGCUGAAUUAACAGGUUCAUUUAAUGAAAAUUUUCCUACAAUGAAAUUUCUUGUUUUAUUAAUACGUGAAAAUGAAAAACGAAUAAUAUUAUCACAUGAACAAUUUCUUUAUACACCAUUUGAAUAUUGUUCACCAAAAUAUAUAAUACAUUUAGUUUGCCCCAUAAAUGAUUCAUUAUCUUUAUAUUCGAAUGAUUCAAUUGAAGUUCUUAUGUUUACUAGUUCAACUGUUGAACAUCAUUCAACAUGGAUAUUUAAAAUUCCAUUUCAUUUUUUACCUGUACAACGUAUAGUUAAACGAUUAUUUAUUUCUAAUAUUGAUACUUUUGAUAAUUCAAUAGAAAGAAUAAUUAAUAAAAAAAAUUCAAGUUCAUGUUCAAAAGAUUCAUUUUAUGUGGGUUAUGAUAUAAAUCUUAAUCGAGAUAUUUGUAUAUGUCCAUUAAAUCGUAUCGGUUCUCGUUGUUUUAUUCCAUUUAAUCCAUGUACGAAUUGGAGUUGUAAUUAUCAUGGACAAUGUUAUUCGAAUGAUGAACGUACUCAACCAGAUUCUCAAUUUCGAUGUAUUUGUGAACUGGAAUGGUUUGGAAAACGAUAUGAAAAUAAAAAAUUUCGCUUUGAUAUUUCAUUUACUGAUUCGAAAAU